AGUCAGCGAUUCGUCUCCGAUUCAAACACAAUGGAAUCGAAUCCGAAUCGCUCCGACGAUGCUGAUAAAGGCAAAGCACCACCCAAAGAAUUGAUGCCGCCACCGCCGCCUCGUCGUCCGAUCCCCUACCUCGGCUGUAAUCCGCGCUUCAAUUAUCUCCCCUCUGCCAGGUUGAUCUCCUUCCCCAACGUUGAUGUCCUUGGCAAACUCACUUCCGAUCAGCUCGAUGUUCUCGUCUUCCAGAAUCUCCAUGAAAGAGGUCUCAAACGCACUGCAUUUCAAUUUGAAAAUGAAACAGAGAUUAAGAAUACUUCAAUUGAUAGAAGCACGAUUGACAAGGGAGCUCUUCCUUCAUUUGUUCACAAAGGUCUUCGGUAUACACAACUUGAGGCAAAUAUGCAUGCAGAAGGAAAAUGCUAAGGGGAAGAGAAAACGUGUUGACAGUAGUGAAUCUGACCAAAAGCAAGGAAGCAACAAAUGGGAAAGAAAUAUUAAUGUUUAUGGAGGACCUCAAUUAAAGGUCCGCACCUCUAGUUUGCCACCAGUUACUCAUCAAGUUUCUGACUCAGAUGUAUAUCUUUUGGAAGGACAUAGUGUAGAGGUUUCUGCCUGUGCUUGGAGUCCAACAGAUUCUCUUUUGGCUGUUGGGUCUUCAGAUUCAAUGGCACUGAUAUGGAAAAUUUCGGAUGACCUCUCCAAAAUUUAUAGUUCAAAUCCGGACGUGCGUUGUCUAAUUCGUCCCGAUCCAAAAAACGAUGGGCUAGAUGGAGUUAGCACACUUGCGUGGAAUGGAGGAGGGGAACUACUUGCCACAGGAUCAUUUGAUGGGCUGGCAAGUAUCUGGACUAAGAAUGGUGAAUUGAAGAAGGCACUAGACAAUCAUAAGGAUACCAUAUUGUUUAUAGCUUGGAACAGUAACGAUGCUUUUCUCAUUACUGGAAGUGGAAGUAGUGACAACAGAGUUGUUGUCUGGGACACCAAUCGAUGGGAGUCUAUGCAAGAAGUUGCAUUUGAUUCAGAACAAUUGAUUGGUGUUGCGUGGAGGAACGGUACUUCAUUUGCUGCAUGUUCAGGGGACAAGAGGAUUUGUGUUUACAACAUUGGAGAAUCUCAGCCAGUCAAAACUUUUUCUGGAUAUCAGGAUGAAGUUUGUGGUAUCAAUUGGAAUCCUACUGGGAGUUUAUUGGCUUCAUACCCUCAUGAUAAGGCUAUAAAGAUUUGGACUCUAGAGCAGGAUGAAAGUCUACAUGAUCUGAUGCAUAAUGAGAUUGUACACUGUUAGAUGGAGCCCUACUGGCCUAGGUACUAACAAUCCCGGUAAAUCUUACAGUUUUCUUGCUAGUGCUUCCAAAGACAGAACAGUGAAAGUAUGGGAUUGUGUUCAUGGGCAGCUCCUCUACUCCUUCAAUGGCCACGGGGCAUCUGUAGUUGAAUUAGAGUUCCACCCAGAUGGUGAGUAUUUGGCAAGUGCAUCAGAGGAUCAGCGUUUGCUCACAUGGAAUGUCAAUGAUGGGACAAUUGUGAAGUCCUAUAGCUCUUGUGACACUUCAAUCUAUAAUCUCUCUUGGCAUAAAGCAGGCAAGCUGAUAACAGCAGGUUCUGAUAAUGGUACUCUCUGCGUGGUUGAUGUAUCUUUUUGAUCUUUUUAUGCGCUAUGUAAGAAACCAUGCAGAUCUGUCGAAAUGAUUUCCCAGUCAUUGAACAUACAGAUACGUUUCCAAACUCCUUUAAACUGAUUCUAAUGCCAAUUUUUUCCCCA